AUGAACCGCUUCAAGACUUCAAAAUAUAAAAAUACAACUCCGAAGGUGCCCAAAAAAGAUGGCUGGAUCCCAAAUGUAAGAGGAGGCUCCUUUACAUCUCAGGGGAAUCACAUUAAGUCCAGCUGCACCCUGGUGGCCUUUAACACUGAACAGGCCGGAGGUGGAAUUGUGGGGCUCUGUGCUGUAGCUCCAGGAUCCGAUGGAAAAUGGACAGUGACUAACAUUCCUUGUCAUGCUGACCAGGUAACUGAUAUGGACUUCUCCCCGUUUGAUGACCAUGUCCUGGCAACCUGUUCAGCUGAUGAGACGGUUAAGCUGUGGCGUGUGUGUGAUCCAGAACGGGAGCAGCCCGGAGGCCCUGAGGUGACCCUGAGCCCAGGGGAGGGCAGGCUGGAGAUUGUGCUCUUCCAUCCCACCUCCUCUGAUUUGCUGGCUGUGGGCUCUGGCAAAACCGCCCAAGUGUGGGACUCGACCCGGGACACGGCUCUGGCAGCUCUGGAGUCCCAUGCGGAGCAGCUGCAGAGUUUGGCCUGGAAAGAGGACGGCUCCUUACUGGCCACCUCCUGUAAGGAUAAAAAGCUUCGAAUCUUUGAUCCAAGAGCUCAGCUGUCUCCUGUACAGAGCACCUCAGGUCUACAGAGCAACAAGGACUCACGGAUUCUAUUCGUCAAAGAUGAUCACCUACUAACCACUGGUUUCAACCAGAUGCGUCAGCAGGAGGUGCGGCUUUGGGACAGCAGGAAGCUGGGUUCUUCUCUGAGUUCUGUGUCUCUGGGCACCUCCAAUGGGAUUCUGAUGCCUCUCUUUGACCCUGAUACUGGUCUACUGAUUGUGUCAGGAAAGGGAGACUGUGGCAUCGACUGCUUUGAGGUGACUACGAGCGAACCAUUCCUCUCACAAGUGAGUCACUGUCUGACUGAAACUCCAACUCGCGGCGUUGCCUUGGUUCCCAAACUGGCGCUGGACGUUAGCUCCUGUGAGGUUCUGAGGGUUAUGCAGUUGACAGACAACUUCAUCAUACCUGUCGCCUACCAGGUGCCCCGCAAGCCUGGGCAAGACUUUCACUCUGACCUAUACCCGGACACGCUGGGUCAGACUGCGGCCAUGUCAGCGGAGGAAUGGUGGAAGGGUGGAAACAAACAGGUGGAAAGGGUCAGCCUCCACCCAGACAAGAGACCAAAGCCCAAAUCUGAGUCAGCCAAACAGCCAACCGCAAAGAAGGAGCUGACAAGUGGGAAGAGCAAGGAGGAGGCUCCCACUGGUUGCUCCACCUCUAGCAGUCCAACGAGCACCCCCAGCAGCAGUGCUGCUCCGUCCCGUUCCCCCUCAUCCACCAGUGGCCUGUCCUCAGGAUUCCUGCCAAGCCCCAGCCCCAGUCAAAGCUCUCGUGCCAUCCAGAACAUGCUGGGUCCAAGUUCUAAGUUCCGUCACAUCCAAGGGAAAGUUCUGCACCGCGAUACCCACAUCACCAACCUGCGGGGACUCAACCUCACCACGCCCGGAGAGUGCGACGGUUUCUGUGCCAAUGGACAGCGCGUGGCAGUACCCCUGGCCAUCGCUGGAGGGCAGAUUGCUGUGUUUGAGCUCUCUCAGCCUGGCAAACUGCCUGACACCGCUUUGCCCACCAUCCAGAACUCAGUGAAUGUGGCUGACUUCUGCUGGGACCCCUUUGACCCGUACAAACUGGUCGUAGCUGGAGAUGAUGCUAAAAUCCGGGUGUGGCAGGUUCCAAAAGGUGGUGUGACUGAGACAGUCACUGACCCCGCUUGUAUCCUGCAGGGACAUACUGAGAAGAUAUACUCCAUCAAGUUCCACCCCCAUGCCUCGGGCCUCCUUGCAUCCUCCUCCUAUGACCUGACAGUGCGUCUGUGGGACCUGGAGUCUGGGAGGGAGGUGAAACUGCUCAAGGGGCAUGAAGACCAGAUCUUUGGGAUGGCUUGGAGUCCAGACGGGAAGUUGUUGGCCACUGUUUGUAAGGACGGGAAAGUGCGUCUGUACGAUCCACGCAAGUCCAACGAACCUGUCCAGGAGGGGCCAGGCCCUGAGGGCCACAGAGGGGCCAGAGUGGUAUGGGUGUGUGAUGGCAAGUUCCUGCUGGUCUCAGGUUUUGACAGUCGCAGUGAGAGACAGCUGUAUCUGUUCUCUUCUGAGUCUUUGGCCUCUGGAGCUCUGGCGACUACUUCUGCUGAUGUGUCACCCUCAACUCUCAUUCCCUUCUAUGACCCUGACACCAGCGUCGUCAUCCUCACCGGAAAGGGUGAUACACGUGUGUAUAUUUUUGAGAUUGUGCCAGAGACUCCAUAUUUUAUGGAAUGCAGUAGCUUCCAUUCCUCUGAGCCGCACAAAGGUUUUUGUUUCUUGCCGAAGACGGAGUGUGAGGUGCAGGAUGUGGAGGUGGCCAGAGCAGUCAGGCUCAGUAAGACCACCAUAGAGCCUGUGGCUUUUAAGGUCCCACGAGUCAAGAAAGAGUACUUCCAGGAUGACAUUUACCCUGACACAGCCGUGUGGUGGGAGCCUGCUCUCACCGCCUCUGCCUGGCUCUCUGGCUCCAACGGACAGCACCGCAAAAUCAGCCUAAAGCCCAAAGACAUGACACCUGUGAGUGAGGCUCCAAAGGAGGCCCCGGUGAGGAAGUACCUGCCCUCCUCUGUGUAUCUGGAGGAAAAGACUGAUGAGCAAAAGAAAGAGGAGUUACUGAGUGCCAUGGUUGCAAAGCUGGGUAACAGAGAAGACCCACUGCCACAGGAACUGUUUGAGGGAGUUGAUGAGGACGAGUGGGCUAAAUAUCUCGCCCAAAUCAUUGUGAUGGGUGCUCAGGUGUUGGGGCGAGCGUUUGCACGAGCACUGCGUCAAGAAUUUGCAGCCAGUCAAGCCGCAGCAGAGGCAAGGGGGCGGGCAGGGAGGCAAUCUGCCGCGGCGUCCAGCAUCACUGGAAUGACCUUACAGGAAGCCCAGCAGAUCCUAAAUGUGUCCACGCUGUCCCCAGAGGAAAUUCAGAAGAAUUAUGAGCAUCUUUUCAAGGUUAAUGAGAAGUCGGUUGGAGGCUCCUUCUACCUGCAAUCUAAAGUGGUGAGAGCCAAGGAGCGUCUAGAUGAAGAACUAGCAAUUCAGAAACAGAACGUACCGCCAGAGCAAAAGCAGGAAACAUAAGUCUAUCCAGCGAGUCCCCUUUCCCCUUCAACCCGUCCACUGUAAAUUAUACCCCUAUGGCCAAUAAAGCCUUACCCUUUUGUUUAACAGUGGGUCUCAGACUGCUUGUUAUUAUAAAUGAAUUUAUGUGAAUUUCAGUUCAUAUAAAAGUCUGAUGCAGUAAAAGCAAUAUCACUGAUUUGAAGAGAUGAUAUGAUUGUGUGAAGGCCUAAAUAAAUAUAAAGGACACAA